UUACAGGGCCUUGUUGCACUUUCUGCUGAUUUGUUGUAUAGACAUUUGGGAGGACUGUUACCUUGGAAACUCAAAUGUUGCGUGAUUCGUCAGGAGGGAAGUUGUUAUGAAACUCUUGUGCUACAGUAUAAGUGUGCCCUCUCUGUAGCUUUGGUUCAUUGUAGACAGAAAGGUAAGAACAUGGAUGACAGUCUGUGAAACAGACAUGAACAUGUUGAUGAACAUGAUUGGAGUAUUAUUCACAAAAUAAGACAUCAGUGCAGAUUUAUUUUCUUAUUUGGUCAAUUUAAGUAGUGCAUUUAAAAUCCAUUGUGGUUUUAACAUGUAAUUAAUUUUUAAAGGCUGGAACUGACUUGACUCCCUUGUUUCAAACAGGGAACCUCCAGUGAAUUUUGUAAAUGGAUGCGCAAAUCAACAUCAGCCAAAAUGGAGUCCUGGAAAAGCCUUUUCUUUGUUAUGAGUUUAGUAACACGUCUUGUCAGAAGUUUGUCUAUCCUUUGGAAACACGAAUAUUACUCUACAUCCUUUUUAGUGUCUCUUCAAUUGUGACAAUCAUAGGAAACAUGUUGGUGAUCAUAGCGGUCGUUCAUUUCAAGCAGCUUCACUCACCAACUAACUACCUCAUCCUGUCGCUGGCCGUGGCCGAUCUGCUUGUAGGAGGAGUUGUGAUGCCUCCCAGCAUGCUGCGCUCCAUCGAGACGUGCUGGUAUCUGGGAGAUUUGUUCUGUAAAAUACACAGCAGUCUUGAUGUGACUUUGUGCACUGCAUCAAUUUUAAACCUCUGUAUCAUUUCUUUAGACAGAUAUUAUGCAAUAUGUCACCCCUUUCAAUAUCACAGUAAAAUGACGUCACUGGCCACACUAGUUAUGAUUAUUAUCUGCUGGACUGUUUCAGCUGCUCUGGGGUUUGGCAUGGUCUUCUUGCAGUUUAAUAUUCUUGGCAUUGAAGAUUUUUACUAUGAGAACUUUGACUGUGAUGGAAUAUGCAUGUUGCUUCACAGUAGAGAGGCAGCUACCAUGAUGUCAAUGACCUGUUUUUACGGUCCCGCAGUUGUCAUGCUCUGCAUAUAUUUGAAAAUCUUACUUGUGGCUAAAAGGCAGGUGCAGGCCAUUCAGAGCGUGAAUUCUGAAUUAAAAAAGGAGGGAAAAGCCACUAAGACUUUAGCCAUCAUCAUGGGAGUGUUUCUGACUUUCUGGAUACCUUUUUUUCUAUGUAAUCUUAUUGACCCUUUCAUUGGGUACUCUGUACCUCCACUGCUGUUUGACUUGUUCCUGUGGGUCGGCUACUAUAAUUCCACAUGUAAUCCUAUAGUGUACGCCUUUUUUUACAGCUGGUUCAGACAUGCAUUCAAAGUCAUUCUGUCUGUUAGAAUAUUUCAGAGCAAUUCUUCAAGAACAAUCUUAUUGUAAAUGUGAUAUCACUGUGAACCUAGCCAAAUGUGUUUAUUGGAACUUAAUGAAACAACAUGACAUUUUGCAUUUGUUGAUCAUCUGUCUUAGCUGUCAUAUUGCUGUAUUUUGAUACUUUAUGGGCCUUUUUUUGCCUCAGCAAUGCAGAAACAAAGUAUAAACAUCUGCCAUGUUUCCUGAUCAUCUCCUGAUUCAUAACUCACCCACACUGCAAAAACUGAUAUGAAUUUAUAAUUAGUGUUGUUUGACUUGUUAUUCAGUAAUAAUAGCUCUUUGAACAAAGCGAAACAUCAUACUUGAAGUGCAUAACAAAUCUGUGUAUUAAUAUGAAAUACCUGCCUGUAUAAAUAUGCUUCAUGACUUUUACAGCUUUUCUGAGUCUGCAAGUGUUGAUUUUUGCCCCUCUCUGAUUAAAUUCUAAUAAAGUUUAACUGUUUAAAAAUG